AUGAUUGCCCCUCGCAGUGCUUGCGCCAGUUCUCUCUGGCGGUCUCGUGCCCGUUUAUUUCCUCUUCCAUGGGUGCCGACGUCGGCCCGAUAUAUCUCGAUUCAAACCCGCCCGACCCCAGACUCUCCUUUUUACCCAUCUCAAGCCAGUAGCUCGACAUCCCAACUAUUAUACAAUGUCUCCUCUGGAAGGCCACCUUCAUCUGCCUCAUUCUCAACUUCGCCGCUUCUCUCGGAAUCGGAUUGGGACCAUAACCCAAACCUAUCUAUCUCCAACUUCUCGGAGCUCCCUUCAAAGGACUUCGGUGUCAACCAACACAUGAUCAUAAACCAGGAAUUCAAAGAGGCACUACGGCAGAUUCUUUGGCAAUUCAGAGCACCAAUCCGAUAUGCAUUUGCGUAUGGUUCUGGUGUGUUUACACAGACCGGCGCAGCCUCCGGGGGCUCAACCCACCCAUCGGCACCGGCCGCCAUUCAGAAAAUGCAACAAGGAUCCGGGAAAAUGAUUGAUUUCAUCUUUGGAGUCUCCUAUUCACAACACUGGCAUGAUCUCAAUCUUCACCAGCACCGUGAUCAUUACUCCGGCCUAGGCUCGCUGGGAUCCUAUGUGGUCUCGCAGGUACAGGACCAAUUUGGGGCCGGUGUAUAUUUCAACACCCACAUCACCGUGAAUGGGACCCUUAUCAAGUACGGUGUGGUCAACUUGGAUACAUUGUGCACAGACCUUUUACAAUGGAACACAUUAUAUCUUGCCGGCCGUUUGCAUAAGCCAGUCAAGAUUCUACGUGAUCACCCCAAGGUGCGACUCGCGAACCAGAUGAACUUGCUGUCUGCUUUGCGAGUGGCAUUGCUCCUACUCCCCGAGCGGUUCAGCGAGUUUGAACUGUACAGCACUAUCGCAGGUAUCAGCUAUAUGGGCGAUCUGCGGAUGGUACUCCCCACGGAAGACCCUGGCAAGGUGCGCAACAUCGUGUCCGGGCAGAUGGCCCACUUCCGACGCCUUUAUGCUCCGCUCAUUAGCAAUCUCCCCAACGUCACCUUCCAAGACCCGCGCUGCAGCCAGAACGACUGGAUUGACGAUCCGGAUUCUAUCUUGGCAAUGGUGCAGGACAUGGAUCCGGUUAAGCGCGGAAACAUGGUUCGACGUCUUCCGGAGUCUUUCAGACAGAAGCUUUACUUCCAGUAUCAGUCCCGCUUUGCUAUUCCUCGGGCUGAGUUCAAUAAGAUGAUGGAGGAGAAUGACGAUAGCAAGCAAGAGGUCGUUCGGCGUCCCCAAGGAGGUCCCUUUGAACGCCGCAUUGCAGACGAUACUCACCUCCAAGAGGAGGUUUCAGCAUCAAUUUCGAAGACCAUCCGCUGGCCCAGUACUGUCCAAACCAUCAAGGGCACACUGACUGCCGGUGUAGGCAAGAGCGUAACGUAUUUGAAGGAAAAGCGUGACAAGCACAGGAAGGCACAGGCUCACAAGGCACAAUUGACCGAAAAGACACAGAGGUCUGAGAAGACUGAGACGGUUGAGAAGACCGAGGAGAAGAAAGAUUAG